ACCACCCCGCCCCCUGGUUCGGCUGUGCGAAAGUCCAGAUGCGCGCCACGUUGCCGGGCAGAAAGCCGCAACUCCACUGAGAUCUCGCGCGUUCACAGCGGCGCCGGACCGCACGCGCACCUUCCUCCGUGCCGGGCUUUCAGUCAGUCGCUGUUUCGUGCUUCUGCUUUGAACGCUGGGGUUAGCGCUUCCCCACCUUCUUUAAAACUCGCCCCACCGCCGCGGUGCUUCUAUUUCCGAGAGCGCGGUACUUACUGCGGGACCCUCGCUGCUAAGAGCGGAGCUGUCCGCGAGAGCUGCCGCGCGCUGCUCUGUCAGUCGCGCUCUCUCCGUCGCACGAACUUGCAGGUAUCGGAAAGGCUGGAAAGCAUUCUUGUCAUUAUGGAACGAUCAGGGAUUUCUUUUUUCUCCCUCAGUCUUCAUACCGUUUCAUGGCAUCCAUUGAAGUCAUCACAUCACAAGAGAAAGAGAUCACUAUCAAGAAGCCAAAUGGUGAAACUACCACUACCACUGUGCGAAUAUGGAACGAAACAGUGUCCAACUUGACGCUUAUGGCCCUUGGUUCCUCUGCUCCGGAGAUCCUACUCUCGGUUGUUGAGGUGUGCGGCCAUAACUUUGAUGCCGGCGACCUCGGUCCGAACACUAUCGUGGGCAGUGCUGCUUUCAACAUGUUUGUUAUCAUUGGGAUUUGUGUCUAUGUUGUCCCAGAUGGAGAGCACAGGAAGAUCAAGCAUCUGAGGGUAUUUUUUGUCACUGCUGCUUGGAGCAUAUUUGCUUACGCCUGGUUGUACCUGAUCUUGGCGGUCUUCUCACCUGGGGUGGUACAGGUGUGGGAAGGGCUGCUCACUCUAUUCUUUUUUCCUGUAUGUGUUAUAUUUGCAUGGGUUGCAGACCGCAGGCUUCUGUUCUAUAAGUAUGUAUACAAGCGUUACAGAGCUGGGAAGCAAAGAGGGAUGAUCAUUGAGACCGAGGGGGACAAUUCAUUGCCGCCCAAAGUUGAUAUUGAGAUGGAUGGCAAGAUACUCAACUCCCAUGCGGUGGAUUUCUUAGAUGGAAGCCUUGACUUGGAGGAAAAAGAGAUAGAUGAGGAGGAAGCCAAGAGAGACAUGGCAAAGAUCUUGAAAGAACUUAAACAGAAGCAUCCUGAAAAAGAAAUGGAACAGCUGAUUGAAUUAGCAAACUAUCAAGUUCUGAGCCAGCAGCAGAAGAGCCGUGCCUUCUACCGCUGUCAGACCACAAGGCUGAUGACGGGUGCAGGGAAUAUCCUAAAGAAGCAUGCAGCAGACCAAGCCAGAAAAGUCGUGAAUGUGCAUGAGGUGCGCUCAGAGGUUGAUGAUAACGAUCCUGUGACAAAGAUCUUCUUCGACCCUGGCUCAUACCAGUGCCUGGAGAACUGUGGCACAGUAGCCUUGAAUAUUGUACGGCGAGGCGGUGACCUCACCAACACCGUAUCUGUGCAAUUCCACACAGAGGACGGCACAGCUAAUGCUGGGUCAGACUAUGAGUGCACGCAGGGCACUGUGGUGUUCAAGCCUGGUGAGAUGGAGAAGGAAAUUCGUGUGGGCAUCAUUGAUGAUGACAUUUUUGAAGAGGAUGAGAACUUCUUGAUUCACCUUAGCAAUGUGAAGGUGCUUUCAGUAGGUGAUGGGGAGCCAAACCCUGAGGCCAAUCACACUGAGACUCUGGCAUGUCUGGGCCUGCCUUCAACUGCAACGGUCACCAUCUUUGAUGAUGACCAUGCUGGCAUCUUUACAUUUGAAGAGCCAGUCAUACAUGUGAGUGAGAGUGUUGGCAUAAUGGAGGUGAAGGUUCACCGCACAUCUGGAGCCCGCGGGGUUGUUGUUGUACCCUACAAGACCAUUGAAGGUACUGCAAAAGGAGGAGGAGAAGAUUUUGAAGACACUCAUGGAGCCCUGGAGUUCCAGAAUGAUGAGAUUUUGAAGUCCAUAAGCAUUAAAAUACUCGAUCACGAGGAGUACCAUAAGCAUUCCCACUUCUACGUAGAGCUGGAGGAGCCAGUGUGGAAAAGGCGAGGAUGGACAGGUGGAUUCGUAAGGACAGGCCAAGAUGUCUACAGGAAAGUUCAGGGUAGAGACAAACCCAUCCCCUCCACCAUAGUCUGCAUUUCAGAAAACGAAGAGAAGGAGGAGCAUCUCACACCAAAGGAGGAGGAAGAGAGGCGUGUAGCUGAGAUGGGCCGGCCAAUAUUGGGAGAACACGCAAAACUUGAAGUCAUUAUUGAAGAGUCAUAUGAAUUUAAGAACACGGUGGAUAAGAUGAUCAAGAAGACAAACCUGGCCCUGUUGGUUGGAACAAACAGCUGGAGAGAUCAGUUUAUUGAAGCCAUCACUGUUAGUUCUGGUGAAGAUGACGACGAUGACAGAUGUGGCGAAGAGAAGCUACCAUCCUGGUUCGACUACGUGGCACACUUUUUGACUGUGUUCUGGAAAGUGCUCUUCGCCUUCGUGCCACCUACAGAUUAUUGGAACGGCUGGGCUUGCUUCGUGGUGUCCAUCUCUAUGAUUGGCCUAUUGACAGCCUUCAUUGGGGACCUGGCCUCUCACUUCGGCUGCACCAUUGGCCUAAAGGACUCUGUCACAGCGGUGGUCUUUGUGGCCCUGGGAACUUCUGUACCUGACACAUUCGCCAGUAAGGUUGCAGCUUCCCAGGACCAGUAUGCUGAUGCUUCCAUCGGCAACGUGACAGGCAGCAAUGCGGUGAACGUGUUCCUGGGCAUCGGACUGGCAUGGUCCAUCGCCGCAAUCUACCACCACAGCAAAGGCCAGGUGUUCCGGGUAGACCCAGGCACGCUGGCCUUCUCUGUUACCCUCUUCACCAUCUUCGCCUUCAUCUGCGUGGCCGUGAUCCUGUACCGGCGGCGGCCGGAGAUCGGGGGCGAGUUGGGUGGACCACGGACUGCCAAGAUUCUAACCACUCUGUUGUUCUUUGGUCUGUGGCUCAUGUACAUCCUCUUCUCAUCCUUGGAGGCCUAUUGUCAUAUCAAGGGCUUCUAAAGGAGCACCACGAUGGGGAGGAGGGAUGGGAAAUGCCAGGGUGGGACUGGAACAAGCUGCAAACAAAAGAAGUUCAGGAGAGUUAAAAAAGAAAAAGAAGCAGCUGAACUCUUCGCACUUUUUUGUUUGCAUUCUUUUUCUGCCCCUUAACCCAACUCAUCUCAUCCUCUUUGCCUGCUGAGGGGUCAAAUAUGCUUAAUCAUGGGGAGCACUCUGUUAACUAAAGUGAGAACUUAACAGUUAGAAAGAAAUUAAAUCAGUCUUGAUUAAUGAUAAAUAUAUGUCUUGAAAUAAAAAGUAAAUUACAUUGCAAAAACAAACUAAUGUAAGGCCAUAUUAAUAUUAAUUUUGACAAGCGAAGCAGCCGAUGGCGUGGUGCUUCGAGCUGAUACUUUUGAAUCCCAAGGUUGCCGGAUUGAAUCUCACCUGCUGCUGUAAUACCCUUGAACAUGGUACUUAUCCUGAAUCG